AUGGCGGCCGAGCCUCACGGCCGGUACCUUUUCGCGGGCGACGUGGAAGGUCGCCUGAAUCUGCUGUUCAAACGAGCCGCUGCGGUGAACAAGUCCAACGGUCCUUUCGACUGUCUCUUCUGCGUCGGCGCUUUCUUUCCGCCCUCGGAUCCCGCUACCGCCGCCGCAGGCGGAGCGGGCGGCCAAUCAGAGUUGGAGGAUUACAUCGCGGGGCGCGCCAAGGCGCCGCUUCCGACGUUCUUGAUUGGCGACAUUGGAGUCGGCGCGCAGCGACUGCUGGAGAUUGCUGUGCGUGGAGGAGGAGGGGCGGCGACGCGAAAAGAAGGGGAAGCAGCGGAGGAGAAAGUGAAAGAGGAAGGAAAGGAAGAACAGAAGGAGGAAGCAGAAGAGGGAGGGAAAGGGGAGGGGGAGGAGAAAGGGGAGGGAGAGGACAAAGGUGAGGGGGAGGAGAAAGGGGAGGGAGAGGACAAAGGUGAGGGGGAGGAGAAAGGGGAGGGAGAGGACAAAGGUGAGGGGGAGGAGAAAGGGGAGGGAGAGGACAAAGGUGAGGGGGAGGAGAAAGGGGAGGGAGAGGACAAAGGUGAGGGGGAGGAGAAAGGGGAGGGAGAGGACAAAGGUGAGGGGGAGGAGAAAGAGAAAGGGGAAGAGACACGGGAGGGGGAGGGGGAUGGAAGCAAAGCGGUCGGUGAAGCAGGGGAAGGGGAGGAGAGCAAGGGGGAGGUUGGGGCGGGCACGCAAGGAGGGGGGUCAGGGGGAGGCGAGAAAGAGGAGGAUGAGGAGGUGGGGGAGGGGGAGUGGCGGUCGCACAGGCGCGUGAAGAUAUGUGACAAUAUCGAAUGGCUGCGCGGAGCAGGCAUUGCUGACCUGUGCGGCCAGAUGAAGCCGUCCCCUCUCUGCCUGCCUCCUGGAUCCAAUCCGCCCUACCUGUCUUCCACCCCGCCCCUUCCCUCCCUGUUCCGCCCCACAGGCCUCAAGGUGGCCUAUCUGGGCGGCAGAUACGAUCCCGCCACGUACCUCUCGGGGCAGGCGGGCGGCACGGGGGUGGCGGAAGGGCGGCAGGAGCGGGCGGCAGUGGAGGCGCUGGUGGAUGCGGGGGCGGACGGGGCAGCAAUAGACGUGCUGCUGACCAAUGAGUGGCCCAAGGGGGUCGCUGCUCUCACCCACCCCUCCCUGCUGCCCUCGCCUCCACCCGCCACAUCAGCGUCGGCGCCUGCCAGCGUGGACUGGGCGGGGGUGGGGUCGCCUGUUGCUGCCACGCUGGCCAAGGAGCUCAUGCCACGCUACCACGUGGCUGGUGGCGCGGGCGCCUUCUUUGCCCGCCCGCCCUACAUCAACUCCUCCGCCGCCACAUCAGCAGAAGACGCCUCCACGUCAGCAUCCGGUCCCGUGACGCGGUUCAUAGGUCUAGCCCCCGUGGGCAACAAGGCGAAGCAAAAGUUCCUCCACGCGCUCUCCCUGCGCCCCGCCUCCUCCCUCCCCCUCUCCGACCUCGCCGCCCGCCCCCCCGAUGCCACCCCCUCCCCCUUCCUCCCCCGCCCUACAUCCGCCAAGAAUCAAAUCUGGACCGGCAGCCUCGCCGCCCCUGACGGUGCCGCCCGGGCUGCUGCCGCCGCCGCCCAGGCGAAGGCGGAGGAGACCGCUGCGAAGCGCACCUUCUGGGAAAGUUCCGACGGGGGGAAAGGAGGGGGGGAGGGGGCGGUAAAGCCUGCAUGGGCGCUAAAGGUGGAGGAGGAGGAGGCGCGGGGGGCGGGGGGGGCGGGGGAGGGGGAGCAGUACUGGCGGUACGCUGCAGGGAAGAAGAGGGCACGGCGGGACGGUGGGCCGGGGGGAGGGGGCAGGGAGGGGCCUCAGGUGUGCUUUGAGCUGUCAGGCAAGGGGGUGUGCUCGCGGGGCGAUGCAUGUCGGUUCAUGCACACUCUAGAGGACGGGUCACCGCUGCCUCGCAACCUGUGCUUCGAGCACUUCAGCAAGGGCAGCUGCAGCCGGGGCACGGACUGUCGAUUCAGACACUCGCUGGCGGGCGGGGAGGCGGGGGGAGGAGCGGGGGAGGGGCAGGGGGGAGGCGGGAAUGCUGCUGCUGGCUCUGUUGCUGCUGCCGUUGCGACGGCUGCUGCUGUUGCUGCUGCCGCUGGCGUGGGGGGCAGCAGUGGCGGAGCAACAGACCUGCCCAAGGGAGUGUGCUUUGACUUGGUGCGGCGGGGCAGCUGCACUCGCGGCGACACCUGCCGCUUCGCCCACUCGCUCCCCUCCACCUCGCCCGGCCUCCUCGCCACUCCCCCUCCCCUCACCCCCGCCUCCCUCGCCGCACUGCUUGCCCCGCCUGCAGCAGGGGGGCCGGCAGGGGGCGCAACGGGGGGAGCUGGGGGAGCAGGGGGAGCAGCGCCCCCCACCCCAGCGCCAUGCUGGUUCUGCCUGGCGUCCCCCAAAGUGGAGACUCACCUGGUGGUAUCGGUGGGCGAGCACUGCUAUGUCGCCCUACCCAAGGGUCCCUUAGUGCCCGGACACGUGCUCAUCCUCCCUAUAGAGCACUUCCCUAGCGUCAUCUCGCUGCCAUCCGACGCGCUGGCGGAGAUGUGGCGGUAUAUGGGAGCCCUGAGGAAGUGCUUUGAGGCGCAGGGGCAGACGGUGGUGGCGUUUGAACGGUUUCUGCAGCUCAGAGCCGCCACACAUGCACACGUCAAUGUGGUGCCCAUCCCCCAGGGCAAGGCGGACCAGGUGCUGCCUGCCUUCACUGCCGCUGCUGCCUCCCACAACUUCCAGUUCGCCUCCGUGCCAAAACCACCUGACGGACAGCACAUGGCGGUGGUGGACGAGGUGAAGAAGCAGAGCCGGGGCGGGCAGUACCUCACAGUGGAGCUGCCCGAUGCCUCGCUGCUGGUGCACGCCAUCGACCGCGGGGCCAAGCUGCCCAUGCAGCUGGGGCGCGAGGUGAGGGGGGGUUGGGCGAGUGGUGAGACGCGGGCGGGAGAGAGGUGUUGCGCAGGUGGGGAGGAGGUGGUGGCGGGGGUGGUGGGGGUGCCGGAGAGGGGCGACUGGAGGGCGUGCAAGGAGACAGCGGAGGAGGAGGCAGCCAUGGCUGACGCAUUCAAAAAGCAGUUCCAGCCGUUUGACAUCAUGGGGUGA